ACAUCUCCAUUAUAUUAUUAUUAAUGCUUAACUUUAUAAAAUGGAGAGAAGUAACGCAAUAAGUAUAAAACUACGCAGGCAAUCUCAAAUCGCGUCAACGAAGAAAGUGGAUUCGCCUAUAGCUAAAUAUGACUCUGGUGGUAACUUGACAUGCAUUAUUUGUAGAAUCCCAAUUAAGUCUGCAACCGUAUGGAAGAUUCAUAUUAACUCUAAACAUCACAAGGAAUCAAUUAAGUUUGCAAAGCAAGAACAUUGUGAACUCUUCAAUAAACAAACUAUCAAAGAAUCGAAACCAAUAUUAUUACACAAAAAUGCACGCUUGAAACCAAAAAGCGACAUAAUUAACAAUUCAUUUUUGGAAACGAAUGGUUCUCCGUUAGAAGUUAUUGGAUCAGUUGCACCGGCUCAGAUAUUACCAGAACAAUUUUUUGAUAAACAAACUGCUAGUGCGAUUCCUGAUUGCAUCCAAGAUGAGGAGUGGUCUCGCUUUCAACGUGAAAUUAAAGACGCUGACACAGUAUCAAAUAUAAUUAUAGCAGAGGAACAACAAAAUUUUAAUAUUAAAAGACAAAUAAAAGAAAUAGAUGAGCAAAUUGAAAACUGGAAUAGAUUUAUAAAAUUAAAUUAUAAGCAAAAUCUUUUAAAAAAACAUAACCGAAAAGUCUACGACAAUAUCGAACCAAGCUCAAGUGAAGAAGAUGGUAUUGAAGAAACUUUGAGUAACUGGAGAGUCAAAAAUUUGCAAAAAUAAAUAAAAAGUAUUAUUGAAAAAUGUGUUUUUAAUA